AUGGCACGGAAAUCCCAGACAGCACUGUUACCGCUGUUGAUGAUUCUGCUUGUUUCGGCGACCCUUGUAACGCGUACAAACACGGAAUCGCAGCCGUCCUUUUCGUCCUCCGCCGCCGCCUCGAUUUCCCGCCACGUGUCGCUGGGGUCCGUGAGCUACAGCCGGCAGCUGUACACGGUGUACAUGAAGGCGCUGCCGCCCGUGAUAAGCUAUCACGGCGGCGUGGACGGGCUACAGGCGACUGCUACAGCAGCUGCUACAGAGGAGGAGGAGGAGGAGGAGGAGGAGGGAGAGGAGGAGGCGGAGGAGGGAGAGGAGAGUGUAGAAUUGGGAAAUGAAAGAAGCAGACGAGGGGAGGCUGGUGAUUACGACUAUCGGGAUUACUACGGGGAUUACCGAGAUAGUGAUAGUAGCGAUGGUGUUAAUGAGAGAAGGGAUGGUUACAAGGAAGGGGGCGAUAGGACGGUUAGGGAUGCGAUAAAAGAUCGGAAGGGCGGUAGCUGGAAGGGAGGGAAGGGUGUCGAAGGAAUUUCGGCUAUGCAGAUUGACGAAAGACGGUUACAAGAGGAACCGUUACAGGAGGCAGUGUUAGGGGAGGGAACAGGAUUAGGAGAGGAAGGGUUACCAGCACCAGAUUCGCGAACAGAGGAUUCGCGAGGCAGCAGCGGGGGAAGCAGCGGGGGAAGCAGCAAGCCGAGGGAGAGAGCCAAAGCGCAUCGACCGGACCCGUCAUCCCCGCAUGUUAAGGCGUACGCGCAGCAUUUGAGAUCCACGCACGAGGAGACUUUAGCAGACGUCGGACUAAGCGGCUCGGACUUAGUCUAUAGCUACCACUACGUAGCUAACGCGUUCGCGGCGCGACUUACGUCAGAGCAGGUCCAGCUAUUAAAGCGGCAUCCUGGCGUGCACCGCGUUUCGCGAAUGCGAUCGCUUCGACCAAUGAUGACGCACGUCCCGGGAUACCUGCAGCUGCCCCGGACCACGUGGGCCGCGUUUGGCGGCGCGAGAUACGCUGGCGAUAACAUGGUGAUCGGAUUCGUCGACUCGGGGAUAUGGCCGCAGCACCCGUCUUUCUCGGGUCGCGGAUAUUCCGGGUCGCAACUUUUGACAGGUUGGCGCGGGGUUUGUAACGUAACGCGCGACUUCAACGGGUGUAACAAUAAGAUCGUCGGGGCGCGGUACUAUAUGGACGGGUUUCUACAAGAGUACGGCGCGGGCGCGUUGGCGAAGGGGGAGUACCGGUCGCCGCGCGACGCCAUGGGACACGGCACGUUCUGCGCGGGCGUCGCGGCAGGGAACGCGGGAGUGAAGGUCAACUACGCAACUCUCGGGUCGCUCAGCGGCGUGGCGCCUCGCGCGCGCAUCGCGGUGUACAAAGUUAUCUGGGGCGGCAUGAGCAGCCUUGCUGACGUCAUGGCUGCUGUGGAAGACGCGGUGAAGGACGGGGUUGAUGUGUUGUCGCUAGCGGUGGGCGGCACGGACGACAACUAUUUCAACUCCAUCUUUUUGUUACGCGCGGUUCAGGCGGGAGUGCUGGUGGUGGCGCCAGCAGGCAACAACGGGCCUCCCCCAACGCCCACCUAUUGGCGCACUCUCACGAAUGUCGCCCCCUAUAUACUCACAGUCGGAGCAAGCGCCACGGAUCGCGAGUGGAGCGCCACGCUCACCCUCGGCAACGGCACUGUCCUUUUCGGCCUCACCCAGACGGGCGGCGACGGCGUGCUCACCGCCAACCUCCCCCUCAUUGACUCCGAGGAGGCCCAUGCCAAAGGCGCUUCCCUUUGGGAGGCGCGGCAGUGCCGCCCGGGGAAGAUCGACGCCGAGAAAGUGGGCGGCGGGCUCGUCUUGUGUUUCAUCGGCGGGAUUAGUCCGGAGAGGAAAGCGCGGACGGUGCAGGACGCGGGGGCGAGAGGCAUGGUGCUUAUACCGAGGAACUCCAAUGAGAGCGUGCGCAGCGUGAGCGGGAAUUUCCCGGUGAUUUCCUUUGGGUACCCCAAGGGUGUGCUUAUACGAGAUUACAUCAUGAAGACAGCAAGUCCCACCGCUACUCUCUCCCAUCUCGUGUUGGAGCAGCCGAGAAAAGUCCGAUCGCCAAUAAUGGCGUAUUUCUCCUCCUCGGGACCGCCCUAUCGCCCAGGCUACCCUUAUCGUGCCCUUCCCACCAUUACCAACGACGUCUUAAAGCCCGAUUUAGUUGCUCCGGGACUUACUAUCCUCGCCGCGGCAGCCUACGGAAACUCCCCGGGGUUCUCGAUGCAAUCCGGGACGUCGGUUUCGGCGGCGUGUGUGGCUGGGAUCGCAGCGAUGGUGAUGCAGAAGCAUCCGGAUUGGACGCCGGCUGCAGUGAAAUCCGCACUAAUGACCACAGCGAGAGUGAAAGACGCAUGGGGACAGCCGAUACAAAUGUCCACGUGGGUCGACGCGAAUCCCUGGGUGUUCGGAUCUGGACACGUGGUUCCCUCGCGAGUUCUCAGCCCCGGAUUGGUCUACGACGUCGGAAUCGAGGGGUACAUAAAUUUCCUCGCGGGUCUUCGCUACGGGCUUACCAAGGGGAUUUUUCGGCCAAAACAGUUGGACCCAGUGAAGCCUUAUAUGCUCAACCAGCCGAAUAUCGUCGUCGCGCGGCUGAACAAGACUGUUCAGGUAACCAGGCGGGUUACCAAUGUGGCGUUACGCGCUGCGAAGUACACUUGCACGCUUGAAGUGCCGGAAGGUGCACAGGUAAAAGUGGUUCCUUCCCAGUUUACUAUAUAUCCAAACCAAAGUGUUUGGUACUCGGUGUGGAUAACCCCAACUGAAACUAGAGCGAGGUUCUUCUCUGGUAGCAUCACUUGGAGUGACGGGCUGCAUGUGGUUAGAUCGCAACUGGUAGUGCAGCCAAUGCUGGGCAUGGAUGUGUAA